AUGGAGUACCUCUAUUUCCCGGCUGCAGACAACGGGCGGCCAGCUGUUUUGUUUCUACUCUUCAUCGUCCACGACAUGAUGGGAUGCAUUGCAGCCGUGGAUUCCAUUGUGGAUCCCACCUGUGAUUUCAGGGGAGGCGCUUCUGAUCAGCGCGAGAUACCACAGACGCAUAUAUCGGCAAAGGACUUUUGGCUGGAGCUCCAAGCCGGACAUACUGACGGUGAGCAGGAUAAGUGGCAUCAGACGGUGCGAGGCAUCCUACUGUCUCACCCUGAGAGCUUAGCAGACCUGCCGCAUUUGGUUGAUCUGCUCCCAGAUCCACGGGAACGCGCGGCUAUGUCUAAACGUAGGUGGGAAAAGCUUCUACGCAGGUCACGCGUUUUUCUGGACAUGUUCGAAGAAAAACGAUACGCUCUGCUCUUCCAGUACAUGCACGCAGAGGCAAAGAAGCUGGCGCAGGACAACAAAUCUUUAUUAUCCAACAUCCCGCACCCGGAGGAGAUUGCCAGCAGCGAUCGCCGGCAGUGGCGUUGGGAUGUCUCCUUGGCAGUUGUGCGUCUACAACUUCUCCUUGCGCACAUGGAAAGAGAGAGAGCAGCUCAGGAUACGCGAGACACAUCUGCAUCAUCGCCUCCUGCAGCUGCAUCUACUGAUGCGUUUGGCGGCUCCGACUCCAUCAACUUUGCGCAGAGAAAGCGUCUUCAGUCUUCUUGGUUGGAUGCCUGCAGACGCAAGGCAGCGCGAUUGGCUUCACCCAACAACGGCCUCUUACCCAUGCUGCGUCGGCCUACCACUUUUACCUUCCCGUGCUCGCCGGAUAGUUUCGACGCAGGCGCUGCGCCUGAUGUUGACGUGCUCAAGCUGCUGCGAGCACACCCCAGGGAUUCCAGGAUUCGCUUUCAGGCCUCUGACCACACCUACUACAUUGGUGGCGUGCAAACGAAGGGCUCUGUCACAGGGGUGAUCCAUACCUUCUGCACACCGUUCGAGGCUGAUAGCGUCAUCACAAACGUGAUGAACGGCGCGCGCUGGCCUCGAGCUGGACACUUGAAACACGAGGUUUCGUUCACUAACAUGAGCCGCCUCUCUGCGCUGUGUCCAGUUUUGCUGGAUCUGUACGCUGGAAGCCCGAGAAAUGAUGCGCGCAUCAGUGGUCUCUUGCAGGAACUUGCCAGAAAUCACGACAUCGAGGAUGAGCUGUUGCAAUUGACAUUGUCCAGGGAAGAGAUUAAGGCUAUGUGGGCAGCUGCAGGGCAGGAGGCAGCUCACUACGGCACAUACAUGCACUACAUCGAAUGGACCGUGUACGGCGAGGAAGAACAGCUUGCUGGCUCCAUCGACUUCUGCGCUCGUCUGGCGGACGGAAGUCUGAUGCUGGUCGACUGGAAGCGCGCAUCAGGGCUCCAGAGCAAAUACAGCUCACCGCAGUGUAUGCGUCCACCGCUGUCCCAUAUGGUUCGAGCUGAACACAUAUCACUUGACGUGCUGGGUGGAGCGUGUGCCGUGACACUCCACGGUGAUCUCAUGUGGCUGCUUCCACGCUUUUUUGACGAGUACGGCGAUUUGCGCACUCUUGCAAAGUGCAAUCGCGAACUUCGUAACAUCAUCUUGACCAAGAAAUACUGGUGGGGCGCUCAUGUUUCAUUGUGCGUGGGAGAGCUGGCGGACAACCCUGUGGCCCUCCGCAACGCGGUGUCCCUUUUUGAGGAAGCCGCCGCCCGAACUCUCGACCUUUGCCAAAUCCCAUGCCUCAACGCAAUGGCAGACAGGGUGCUGGUCAACUGGCUGGCGCAACAAUUAAGACUACCUGGAAACGACGUACAAGGCUGGGUUUCAACGCAUCCGCUUCUGGGCGCGGUGAGAUUUGGGCUGAAGCUGCCCAGGGCCACCAGGUCCAUCUACAUCGGCGCACUGGACGCCGGCAGUGUUGCGUGUGCCGACUUCGACAACGACCCCUGGAGCACCGCUGGGCUGCCUGUCCCUGGUGUCAAUGCUGGGUUUGCGCAGAGCGCACGACUACCGCACCUCUGCCCUCGUUGCGAAGGCUGUGUGCUGGAGGACUUCCUGGGCGGCGCAAGCCAGGAUUCUGCGGCCUCAGACGCCCUGCCUCCGGUCGGAGGGCUUCCAGGCGAGGUAGAGCCGCCGCAAAGCCUUGUGGCCAGGGAAGACACGUUUCAAGCAGAUAUCGACGUUGAGGCAAACAGCGGAAUCAGUCAGGACUUGGAAGAUGCUAUGGAUCUAGUCUGUGAUGAGCAGAACAUCAGGUUGGAGCGAGCCAGGAAAAGGCGGCUUCUGCCUGGGGCAGACACCACCAUGCACGAUUUCCAAAAAUUCUUCGGUGAUCUCUUUGAAGUGGCUGAACAUCGUCUGGCAGAUGUCCCGCAGCUGGCCUGCGAGGACGAACCUAGCAUUCCCGACAGAAUAUCUCGUGUCCGGGCCAUCAUUGCGCGUAAGUUUCCGCGCCUGGACGAGGCUUUGAUGAGGCUUGUCUUUUUAGACUUAUGGGCGCUGCUCGUCUGUCCACUGAUGACGACGUUCUGGAAAGCGUCCGUGGGCUACUGCAGAGCCACAACCACUCAGCCAGAGAGCUCCUACUGGCCUGCGAAGAUGCAGCGUCUGGCCACAUUCCAGGGCCAGGCAAAGGUCGCAGAGUACACAACAGGGCGGACGCAGAAAUGGAGGGCGAGGAGGCAGCGCCAGGCCCAGCUUCGGACGGACGUUGCGCAGGCCUUGCCGGCAGGCCUUGCCGACGCCCUGACCAAGGCUGGUUACACCAUGCAAAACGAACUCUUGCGAGACAGAAUCUUCAACCUUGUGGUGGAGUGGUGCGACAGCCCGCAGACAUUCGCAGCCGGCAUUUCGUACACUGAUUGUGCUUUUCUGUACGAUGUGAGGCCUGGUCAACACGUUACGGCAGCCAAAGGUGUUCCAGAGGAUAACAUCUACGUUCACAUCCCUCACCCGCUUCGAAGUCACGAAUUGGGCGAUCCGGCUCUUGCUGCUGCGCAGAACGCCCUGAUCAAGUUCUACUCUGAGACAUUCUGGCUGAACAAUGAUGAGGACCUCGCGCAUACGGAUGUCUUGUUUGGAGUCGGGCAGUCUCUAUACAGCGCGCACCUCGAUGCUGUGUACGGACCGAACCAUCGUUUCAUUGAUCCGAAUAUUUGGUACAACGAGGAAGAGACGCGAAAGCAAGUGUCCCAAUGUGCAGGGUGCUUCAUCCUGACGGCUCAGGAAAAGCCGGAGACUGGACGCAAGAUGCGAGAAGAUCUCUUCAAGAAAGCUUGUUCGGCGGAUGGCGUAGCGGGUCGUCCUCCCUACGGCAUGACAACCAGAAUGAUAGAGCUGGUUUGUUGGUUGCGUUACGAGGCUCGCUUCAUCGAUUCGCAGAUUAUUGCGAGUUGUUAUCCGGAUGCUAACAUGGACGGCUACUUCGCCAAGAACGACGAGCUCAAGGAUUUCCUCAAAAGUGGCCCGUGUAUAGCAGCAGCACUCCUGCUGCAACAUGCUUUUGAGGCGCAGCAUUCCAGACAAGAAUGUAGACAGCUGAUUGAAGACUAUGCCGCCAAACCGCUCACAGAGGACAUGAUGAGAAAGGCCUGCGGGCUAUCUCCUCGAUGCCGUUCAGACGAAACGAACACUAAUGCUGAAACACUUCAGAUACCAGUGGAGACCACAAGCCAACAGGAGAGAGAUGACCUGCAGAAGAAACUGGCAAAUGUACGAGAUGUCAUCGUCAAGGACUGCCUUGCAAAGCAGAAGUCGCUUUUUACAAAGGGAAUGACAAGGUACCUAUCGCUGCCGGUGGAUCAUCCAACAACCAUGACCAGGGAAGCCAUGUACGAUGCGCUAGUGCAACACGGUUUUCUGGUGAUGGCGCGCAAUGUCAGUGCCAAGUACAAGGGGAGCAGUUUUCCCCGGUUGGACCUGAAAUACAAGCUGGGAGAUCUUGUGCCACUUAAGGCUAGCAGUCCUGUUGCUACGCAUCACGAGAUACACGACCUCGAGGCUGCGCGAAG